GCGGCUGAGGCGAGUGGGAGACCGCGGAAACCCACGCGACGAUGGGUGGGUCCCGGUUGCGGGUGGCAGGGAAUGAGAUCCUCCCCUCGGCUCUAGCACGGACUGCCUGGUCCCGCUGCCUUCCAGUUCCCUUGACAACGACGCCUGGCGCGGGGCGGAGCGAGGCGGGGCCAACUGGCUUUGAGGAGAAACACUGAGCCGCUCGGUCUUCUGAGCCUUCCUUCAACCCUCCCCGCCUUGCACACCUAAAGGACGACCAGUCCUGGGCGGCCCCCUUCACUUCGGUGAUUCUGUGUCCUACCGCCAAAGCCCCUGGUAGGAAACAUCUUUUGGACUCCUUGAUGAUGACAGACGGUGUCCUUUGAGUCCUGGCCCCCAUGACAUCCAAAGACAAAGCAGUGGUGUCCUUGCCAGUUUCUCCCUGGGAUGCCAUCCUUGAGGCUGCCAAAGACCAGCUGCCAUCUCUGGAUUCAGACUCGUCCCUGUCUGACCGUGAGGAAGAAGAGCCCUUCAUCUUUCAGCGGAACGAGCCUGUCCUGAUUCCAGACCUGACUGAGGAGCUGGCUGAAGACCCUGUUGGUGUCGAUGAGUCAGGGACCUGGGUUACUGCAGGGAGGAGUCCUUCACCUGAGCCACUUCUGAUUCCUGGGAGAUUAGCCAUAGAGCCCAGAAGUGAAUGGAUGGUAACAUCAGAGGACUUGGCCCAUCAGGAAAGAAGAGACCCUGGCUGGUCCUGCUGUGUCAAGAGCAGCCCAGUCCUUGUGGAUGCCGAGGAGGCGCACAACUGGCUGGAAGGAAGCCUUAGAAGCCCGUCUAACCCCAAAGGAUCCCUGAGUCCCCCAUGGUGUUCCCAGGGAGAGGCCACCUUUCCUUCAGCAGGAGAGCUGGAGACAGAGCCCUCAGAUACUGACUGUAGAAAGGCUGCAAAGCGCAGAGCCCUCCGCAGGGAUAGGAGGAAAAUGAUAGAGAGAGAGAUCCUUCAGAAAGUGACCCAGGGUGCUCAGAGCCCAGCCUGUGGUGACCAAAGCCAGGCUGCAGAGGUAGGACCCCAGCAAGAAGCAACCUUGGAGCAGUCUCAGGAAGGAUGGCCAGUUCUCUCCCUCAAGCAACUUGAAAGCUGGGACUUGGAUUACAUCCUUCAGAGUCUGCCAGGGCGACAAGACAGCCAGGGCGACAGUGCAUCCAGAAGUGCAUGGUGGUUAGCUGACCGCUGCCAAGACCAAGGACACAGCUCUGGACCCUCCCAGGACAUGCUCCUAGAACAGCUGGCCCUCCUGUGUACCGCUCAGUCCAGAGUCUGCAACCCUACCUGGAAAGUAUCUGCUGACAAGCUCCAAGACACACAAGAACAGGUCGCCGGAAUUAGAAAUGCUUCAGCAAAGCCUGGCUUUCAAACUGAGCGAAUCCAGAAACUAGCAGAGAGUAGGAGGCUGAAGACAGAACCUCCCACCAUCUUCAUGGACCUACGGCAGACAGAACCGUCAGAACCACCAGAACACCAGUCUCAAGAGAGCUCUGAGCAUAGCUCCUCUGACAGUGAGGAGGAGGAAGUGGAGUCAGCAGGCUCAGCACAGGCGCCAUCUUCCUGGGAACAGAGGUACUGUACGGGAAAGAGUCAGCUUCUUCAGCAGCUGAGGGCAUUUCGGAAGGGGGCUGUUCUGGAAACCAAAAUACUCAGGCCCCUGAAGAUACAGCCGGAUCACAAACUCGGAGAAAGAAGCACAUAAAACUCUGAGCCGAGAAGCAGAAAGCCCAAGAUCUAGGGGACCCUGAGACACAGCUGCUCCCUGCUUUGGGGCAGCUACAGGCAGCUCAGGUAAAAGAGCUGAGAAGCAGGUUGGGUGGCAGACUUUCUACCACGCAGCCCUGGCAGUCUCUCCAGGAUGCCUGUUUCUAACAGCAUGGACCUCAGGGGCUGGGACCCUUAGUCUAGACCCCACGCAGCCAGCUCAAGCAUAGUUAAACCUUUGUUGUGGUGUUGGCAACUGCAUCCGGGCCUCUCCCGAUCCCAUAUUUAAACACAUUUAUAGUUUCCUAUAGAAAAUUUCCCCAGGUUCCUGGACUCCUGGCAUUUCAUGUACCUGAGUUAACACACCGAUACAGAUCUGACGGAAAGGGAGCAAGAACUGAAAUUUGCUUUCUCUUUUUAACUGAGACACAAAAGCACACAUAGGUUUCAGGCCACUCCAAAUCAAAGGUGGCACCAAUCUUUGCUGGUCUGAAUAGAAUACCAUACUUCCUGGGAGUUCUAACACUGUGUGAAAUGCAGUGGUACCCAGUCUCCCUUUCUGGGUACCCAGUAACAGCUGUGUGAUCAGCCAAGACCUGGUCCUCACGGGACACCUGAGCUUCCUCCACCUGUUACUUUGCAAGCCUGGCCCCACCACCAACACCCCACAGACUCCAUCUUUAGGACUAUUUUGUACUUGCUGUCUCAGCCCCUUUGGUUUCCUGCCACUUCAUCUCUCAAGAGUCUGCCCCAGGCUGCUCCAUGAAAGAGCAGAGAAACCACUAUGGAGGUAGGGUGUGGGUGGUGUGGGAGGGUACUUGGCAUCUAACAUGUUUUAGCAUUUGGAUGGAGGGCUGGUGCUACUGCCAGCUGCCCAGCUGCUAAAGAUAAGCAAGAAUCUGUGUCAGGCUUUGAGCCACACAAAGAUCAGGUCCUAUGGCAGGUCACUGGUAGGCAGCAUUAAGCCCACAUAAUCCUGUCCACAAACCCACAGGGGAUGCUACCAUAGUUCCAAUCCCAAGACAUGUCCUUUCGAAGCCACCUGCAAGUUGGGCCUCUGCCAAGACCACAGGUAGCCUCCCUGUACACGGACUCCAGCCUGCCCUGCCCACGUGCUGAGGUCCCAUGCUUGAACUCCAGGGCAGCGUGACUCCUUCCUCUGCCCAGCAGCCUUCACUUCAUCCACUUAACCGGCAAGAGCAAAGGCAGCCACUGUUCCGAAGCCCACACUCUCCCAGCUCAUAAUGUCAGAAAGCUUGCUGAGAAUGACUCACAGUGACAGACAAUAAACUCUACUGCAGUUUCAGCUGCACCUAGGAAUCACCGGCUUUCAGGAAAGCUGCAGGGUGGUAGUGGGCAAGCAGAUCAGUCCAAAGCCAGAUCUCCACUUGGGCAAUGUCCAUCAUUGCCUCAGAAGAUCAUGCAGGAGAUCAAAGAGGCCAAGAAAGCAAGUACAAAAGAUUCUAAAGGUGGGGUCUUAGGGGUUAUAAAACUAAGGGUCACUUCAUAGGACUGGGUGCAGCGCCAUCACGAUACACACCUGCCACCCAAAACACUCAGGUUUCCUCAUUAGGAACAAGACUACGAGGUAGAGACAGGAUUCCAAACAGAAAGAAGCGGAGGCCCAGUGAACACGGAGGGAAGACAGGCUCCACAUGAGAACCCAAGAAAUGGCCAAUGCCUAUCAGUCCGCUCCCUAUGCCUCAGCAGGGACAUGAACCUAGACCUGGGCUGCAUGGGCAGAGAGGGUCUAGGUCUCUGCUGUUUCCAUGUGCACCCCAAGAGGCCUCGAAGCUGGUCCUGGAGAGAAGAAUCACACCAUACAAAGGCUCAUGACAAGGGCUGGCAUUUACUAUUAAAGAAUAAACAAUAA